UUCUGUGCAAGUUGGCAAGACCCCCCCACCUCUAAAUCGUAUUUUGGGGGGGGGGAGACUUAAUCUGCUGACUUGCACUUCCCGUCAACUCAGCAGCUCCAGCAUCUCAGAAGGGCGCCAGGUUGGGGAAGCCUGUCUGCAUGCCCAGCAGGAGAGGGGAGGGGCACCCUGCCCCCUGCCUGGGCCUUGUGGGGAGGCGGCAUUCUUCCACCAGCGGCUUCUGCAUCUGUUCAGCCACCUGCUGGAGCGGAAUUCAGAGCUGGCCAUGGCCGGGAGAAGGGCAGGUCCCUUUGAGUAGUCCCAGGGUGGGAGGUGAAGUCUGGGCAGCCUGCAAAGCCUCUCUUUUCAGCCAAGGGACCCGCCUGCCAGGUUUUGCCAAGCUCCCACAGCACAUUGCCUGGGUUCUGGAAUGGCUGGGAUCCAAGUUCUGGAGGGCCAUUUACACCGGCAGAGGCCCCUCCAAGUAUGAAACUCUUUAAGGCCGUCUUUGGAGGACACCCCCGUGAGCCCUCCAGCCAGUCCCCAAGGUUAGGGGUCAGCAGGAAGAGGCUCUUCUUGGCUGCAGCCUCUGCCGCACGAAAUGGGAUGAAAUCAGAUUUUUCCCAUGUCAGCUUUAGCAGCCUCUUGAAAGUCUCGUGAUCUCCCUGAAUUUUGAGGAAUGUUUUAGAGUUCAUGCUUUGGUCAGGCUUCCCAAAUUAUUGUAAUGGCUUUUAAUUAAAAUUGGCUUAUAGGCCGUGUUUCACAAUCCUAUUUUGGGCAGGAAGUAGCCCUGGUAUGACCAGGAUCUUGAAACGAAUGAAGGCUCCAGCUGCGGCCGGAGAGUCACCGAGAGUCUGGAGCGUCCUGUGGGAAAGGGCCAGAGGCCGAAUUCUCCCGAAACAAACACAGGGAAGGAAUGCCGGAAGUCCCCGCCACUCCCUUGGGAUACGGCUUGGCCGAGAAAUCCCACGCAAGGCCGGGCUGGUGGGGAGGAAGGAGAAGCAGCCCUGGGCUCCCUGCCCCUGCUGGGCUUCCUGGCUGGACUCCCCCCCCCCGCCUGGCCUCUGAAGGGGGGCUGAGAAUGCCUCAUCUUGAAGCAACGUUGUCUCUGCCAAACUUGCCAUCUGUUUUCUUCCCCAAAUGCUGCUUUUCUGGGCCUCACAAAGGAAAGUGUAUCUCCCCAGACAGGGGAAGGAAGCCGGAGCCCCAUCAGGGACUCUCCGGCUCUUCCAGGCUGCGUAUCACUCUUAACUUGCCAGCGCACUUGCCUCCUUAAAGAAGGAAUAUGCAUAACCCUCCGGCCCUUCCCCAGCGAAAUGCCCCCCCCCCCGGUCUCCCUGAGGAGACUCUGCAGCCUCCGCUUGCGAGGAGGCCUGAGCGCAGCUGCUGGCCAAAUGUGCUGCAUGUGGGGAUUAAUCCCUGGAGUGGGGCAGAGGGUGGGGGUGAGAGAGCAGCAACAGAAAAAAGUCACAGGGACUCCAGCAGCACCUGUCCAAGGCAUCAACGUCCUUUUGUUAAUCAAAUGUGUUGGGAGGACAAGAGGCCUCUGGUUCCUUCUGAUUUUCCACCAACGCAGGCUGACCCAGCCCUCUCCUUCCCCGUUCGCACACAAAUACACACCUAAGAAUCAGGCAGUACUUCAGUGGCACUGCCAUGGCCGCCAUCUUGACUUUUUUGACCGCCUCGCCUUUUCUUCCGAGCAGGACGCCUGUUGUGCCACAGGGCUGGCUUCUGGCAGGCAUCCUGUUCCGCAGCUGCAGCCACGGGAGAAAGCCGCCCUGAGGAGGGUCAAACGGGCCUGGGUCAUCCCCCCCAUCAGCCUACCUGAGAACUACCGGCGGCUGCCCCACCUUCUGGUCCAGAUUAAGUCAGACAAGCAGCAGCCAGGGGUGGUAGUCUACAGCAUUAAGGGCCCCGGGGUUGAUGAAGACCCCAAGGAUAUCUUCUCCAUCGAUAACCGGAGCGGCAAGGUCUACCUCAAUACCGUGCUGGAUCGGGAAAAACAUGAUCGCUUUCGGCUCAAGGCUUUUGCCCUCGACCUGGGCGGGGUGCCUCUGGAAGAGCCCACCGACUUGGAGAUCGUCGUCCUGGACCAGAACGACAACCGGCCACUCUUCCAGCAGGACAUCUUCACAGGGCACGUGGUGGAAGGGGCCGAGCCAGGGACGUUUGUGUUGAAGGCAGAAGCCACAGAUGCUGACGACCCCGAGACAGACAAUGCGGCACUCCAGUUCUCCAUCCUGGGCCCAGAAGGGGCGGAGCUGUUCACCAUCAAUGAGCUCUCUGGGGAAAUUCAGAUCGCCGGAGAAGGGCUGGACCGCGAGGGGACGGGCAGUUACAACCUGACACUCCAAGUGGCUGACAUGGCUGGAGAAGGCCUGACCACCACAGCUACAGCGGUCAUCUACGUGGAGGACAUCAAUGAUAACCCCCCUGAAUUCACGUUGGAUGAGUUCCACAUGGAGGCCCCCGAGAACCAGCCUGGCGUGGAGGUUGGGCGGGUGACGGUGCAGGACAAAGACCAGCCGGGCUCUCCCAACUGGCUGGCCAAGUUCACCAUCCUGGAGGGAGACCCCAGAGGAGCUUUCUCCAUCCACCCGGACCCCCUGACCAAUGAGGGGGUCAUCUCUUUGGCCAAGGCCCUGGACUACGAGGAGCAGAACCGUUACGAGCUGCUGGUCUCUGUGCAGAACCAAAGCCCCCUGCACCCCUCCGCCCCCAAAGCCACCCACGCCUUGGCCAUGGUGCAGCUCCAGGUGAUGGAUGCCAACGAGCCUCCCUUCUUCCUGGACAACCCCUGCAGGGGGAGGGUGAACGAAGGGGCAGCUCCUGGCACCCCGAUCGCCCUCUUCCGGGCCAGGGACCCAGACACGCAGCAGGCUCAGCAGCUCAGGUACCUGCAGGCCUCUGAGUUGGCCAGCUGGCUGCAGGUGGACCCCGAAUCGGGCCGGAUGGAAGCCCUCCAGAAAGUACCCCCACGGUCAGCCUUCCUGGAUGGCUGGUACAUCACACAGAUCCUGGCAGUUGAUAAUGGGAUCCCUCCCCUCACGGCCACUGGGACCCUGUCCAUCGAAGUGCUGGAGGUCAACGACCAUGCGCCCUCCCUUUUCCCCACAACGGGGUCGCUGUGCAGAGGAGAGGCUGGCUUAGUCCUGAGCGCCACUGAUGAGGACUUGGCGCCCCACGCAGGGCCCUUCCGCUUCCAUCUUGGCCCCAGCAGUGCCCACAACUGGACUCUCAGCUACCCCAACGACACCCACGUGCUGCUGCAGCCUCCCGUGGAUGUGUCCGAGGGUCUUCACAUCCUGCCACUGUUGGUCAGUGACUCUGGCAUCCCGCCACGGGUGCGAGAGCAGCUGCUGAACAUCUCGGUCUGUGCCUGCAGUCGGUGGGGCACCUGUGGGGCUCCCAAAGCUGCCACUGUGGGGGCCACGGCAGGCCUCAGUUUGGGCGCCUUGAUGACCAUCCUCUGCAGUGCUGUCCUACUCAUGUUGCUGGUGCUGCUGGUGGCUGGGCUGGAGCACUCUCGCCGGCAGGUGCUGCGCAAGGGGCUGCUGGGCGCCUGGCAGGACGACCUGCGUGACAACAUCCUCAACUACGACGAGCAGGGGGGUGGCGAAGAGGACCAGGAUGCCUACGACCUCUCCCAGCUGCGUGACCCCGAUCUCUUUGGCCCCUCGACUCCCCGGGGGAAGCCCCUUCGGCGGAGGGAUGCCCCCCAUAGCUGUGCCUUGUACCAGCACCCCCAGCGAUGCCCUUCUGACAUCGAGGACUUCAUCAACGAGGGCCUGGAGGCAGCCGACAGUGACCCCAGUGUCCCCCCCUACGACACGGCCCUCAUCUAUGACUACGAGGGGGAGUGUUCGGCCGGUGGGUCGCUGAGCUCCAUCCUGUCCAGCCUGGAAGACGAAGACCAGGACUACUGUUACCUUCACGAAUGGGGGCCACGAUUCCAGCGCCUGGCCGAGCUGUAUGGCCAGUAGGGGGCAGGAGGAGCAGCAGGGCCAGACUGGACCAACCCGGCUUGGGCUGCAGCAUCACCCUCCUGGCCGGCAGGUGGGGGACCCCGGGGGGCAGGGCCCCCAUCCAGCCGCUAUCUUGCCAACUGCAGCUCCGUCUCCAGCUGGACAGCGCCCUGAAGCCGAGGGCGGACAGAGACCCCAAGGUGCCUUUCCAGGCCUCCAGCUGAGAUUCUGCUGGCACUUCCCAGUUCUGCCGGCGGCUGCUGAAGGAG